CUCAGUUCAGCCUUCUGGAAAACUCCUUAUCUGACUGACCAACCCCCAAAGACCAGAGAAGAAGGGGGUGUGGAGAGCCAUGGUGUGUGUGUGUGUGUGUGUGUGUGUGUGUGUGUGUGUGUGUGUGUACAAAGAAUUCCUGUUCAUUAAGUGAAGAAAUGGGAUUGGGGACCCCCUGAGGAGACAGGAAGGAAACAGCAGGACAUCUCAAAGAAUGGGAAAUCUAAUUAGACACGUGACUCCCUGGUCCAACUGCUUGUCCUCGCCCUGUCCAAUAGAUGAGGGUGUGUCUAGCUGUCCCCUAGCCAGGCAGGCAGUCAUCCUCUCCAUCGGAGCCUUCAUCCUCUUGGAAGUUGCAGGGCCAGGUGGAUCCAAAAGCACCUAAAAGGUAAGGUCCAGGGUUGGAGGCCUCACACAUGCUGGCAUGCAAAUAAAGGACAGAGUCAGGGCAGGAACUCAGUGGAAAGGAUGGAGAGUCCAAGACUCUAAUCAAAGACGCUGGAAGAGGUUUCUGAGUGGUCGGCGAACUGCCUUGGGAAUUGCUUUCAAGAGCAUUAUUUUGGUUUGGAGUGGGGGGAAGGAACCACACCUUUUACUACUGCUGGGGACUUACCCUGAGUCCAGCUGAAAUUAAGAAGGCACCUGUGCAGCUGGCUUUAGGAGGACCGUGUGGUCACAUACUGGCAUCAAUGGUACAGGCACUUCAGGACCCACAGCACACAGGGUCCUCCACCUGUCUGCACAGAUGUGAGUACGCUGCACAGACGCUUGUGCUCAUAUGCACAUCAUGUGCUCGAAGUUACCCAUGUGCACACACAUAUGUUGUACAUGGAUAUGUCCAUAGAUAGCUGCCAGCUUUCCUGAUGGGAAAGCACUCGCACAACCAUACACAGACUCUCUGGUUUAAAUAUGUUUCUAAAACGUUACAUUUCUAAGUCUAUUUUAUGAGCUAAUGUCCUUUUACAUUGUAUGUCAAAUUAUAAGACUUGUCUCUAAGUUGACUGGGGGCUCCUAAAGUGGGCUGGGCCUUAUUCAUUUCCACACCUCCAAAGGCAAGUCCAGAGACUGCAACUCAGUAGACAGCCCAUAAAUGUUUAAAUGAUACGUGAAUGAGUGAUCUUAGAGUCACCACAAGUAGGGCUAGGAAGAGAGGGCUCCCUGAGUAGCGAGCUUGCCUAACAUGCAUGAAGCUCUGGGCUCGGUACGCAGCAUCUCACACACCAGGCGUGAUGGUGCUCACCUGUAAUCCCAGCACCUGGGAGGUGGAGGCAGGAGGGUCAGAAGUUCAAGGUCCUCCUCCACUACAUAGCAAAUUUGAGGCCAAUUUAGGGUACAUGAGACCCUAUCACAAAAACAAAAACAAAAGGAAACAAAAGUCUCUUUAGUGUGGUUUCUCUAAAGCUAAUUUUUUUUGACGAAGAGUUUUGUUCUGAAUACGCGGUUGUUUGCUAGAGGAUAUCUGUGCAAAUGCACACGUGUGUCCAGUGUGCAGGUGAGUGGACAGGGGACUUUUGUAAGCACGUCUGUGGUGAGAUGAGUGAGCCAGCCUGUGGAAGCUGCCUGUGGGAGCCUGAGUGACUGAUUCCCACACUGUGAGCUGCAGUGAGUGAUGGCUAAAGAUGCCUCCAGACACAGCCUGGUCUUUAAGGAGCCUUAGUAGGAUAAAAACGCUGAGUAAACUUGUGUGGUGGAGGGCAAGAGUGAGCAAGCAUGUGGGCCGGAGGUUGGGUAACUUUGGGCCGUUCCCACAAAGCACUAGAGAGCUCAGAUCCCAGCCCUUCUACCACCUGCCCACAGGAUGGACAUCAACGGGAUGUACACUCCUUUCCUCCCCCAGAACCCCAUGAGGCUCCUGGCUUUCCUAUGCCUGCUGACCCUGGUGCUGCAUGAGGCUGGAACAGCUUCCCUCCCAGGGGAGAGGAAAAGAGAAGAGCAUGGCCCUGAGGAAGGAGACACUUACGAAUUUCUGCAUGCGGGGAACUAUGCCCUGAGCCUAGAGGACUACGGUGAAGUCAUUGACCUGAGCAGUUAUGAGGAACCUGCUGACUAUGGGGACCAGAUCUCUGAGGCUAAAGUGGACAGCCUGACUCUUCCAACAAGAACUAGUCCCUCCCAGAGCACUGUGGUUCCAAAGAUGCCAUCAUCAAACCUCACAGUGCCCAGGCCUACCACCACUGGCCUACCGAAUGUCCAGGGCAGUCAUGGCCUGCCUACCUGCCUGGUCUGCGUGUGCCUUGGCUCUUCCGUAUACUGUGACGACGCAGACCUCGAGAACAUUCCUCCCCUUCCCCGGAUGACCACCUACCUGUAUGCUCGCUUCAACCACAUCAGCCACAUCCAGGCCGGAGACUUCAAAGGGCUGACAAAGCUGAAAAGGAUUGACCUCUCUAGCAACUCCAUCUCCUCCAUCCACAACGACGCCUUCCGCCUGCUGCCCGCCCUCCAGGAUCUGAUCCUCCCUGAGAACCAGCUGGCGGCUCUGCCUGUGCUGCCCAGUGGCCUCGAGUUCCUGGACGUCCGCCUGAACAGGCUGCAGAGCUCAGGGAUACAGCCUGAGGCCUUCGUGGCCCUGGAGAGGCUUCAGUUUCUCUACCUGGCAGACAACCUGCUGGACUCCAUCCCCGGGCCUCUGCCCCUCAGCCUGUGCUCCCUGCACCUGCAGAAUAACAUGAUCGAGACCAUGGGAAGAGACGCCUUCUGUGACACCGGGGAACGCAGACACGAGCGCCGGCGGCUAGAAGACAUCCGCCUGGACGGGAACCCCAUCAAUCUGAGCCUUUUCCCAGAGGCCUAUUUCUGCCUGCCAAGGCUCCCUGUGGGCCGCUACACCUAGACGCCAGCGCCCCCCUCUUCCCAGGUUCUCCUGCUCCAGAUGGAGGGAACCGCCCCCAGGGAGGGGAAACUAACCUGCAAGCCCUGUGGCUGGGGCUCCCCUCUUCCCUGGCCCUGCCUCAGCCUCCUGGUUUCUGGCCACUGAUUUCCGUCCUUUCUGGUUGCUCCUGCAUGUGCAGCCAGCAGAGGGCAGCCUUGUGCAAAGAUAAAUAAAUAAAUAGAGCAAUU